AUGGCAAAUAAUGAGCUAUAUUGCGAGAUUUGCCAAGUUCAAUCUACCAACCUAUCGGCACACUAUGAUCACAUCCAUAGUAGGCGGCAUCAGAAAGCAACCGGAAUUGUCCACAAAAUAGAGCGAUCUACCCUUGCGCAGGUGCUUGCCAAACUUGAGGAAUUGAAGCAAGAGCAUCUCGAAAUUAUGAGUGGAAAUAAUGGAGAGCCUGCUCACCAACACAUAUCGUUUACCGAAAGACUUGAACAAGAAUCCAAGAACCGCCGAGAAGAACGGAAGCGGAAAAAAAUGACAAUUAAAGAGGAUCCUGUCUUGGAACACGUAGAGCCUGGGAUGCUUGAUAGCGGUUUUGAUUUCGGCUCGUUUUCAAGUAGCAAGCGCAAUUGA